AUGGCCUCCAGAUCCGCGAAGCGUGCCCUUAGCGAGAUAGACGUCAAUGUCUCUUCUCCCUCCAAGAAAACAAAACCUAACAGCAAGUCUUCGCAGACGAAGACUGUUUCUAGACCUUCCGACUACAAUAAGCUCACCGUCAAAGAGCUUCAACAGGAACUGAGACGUCGGUCCAUCUACAAGACAGGCACCAAGUCCCAGUUAGUCAUGAAUCUCCAGCAAGAUGAUUUAGCCGACCAGAGAGAGGAGCUUCAAGAGAAGAACAAAUCUGUGGUUGCUGAAGCCAAUUAUGAGGAGCUCAAAGUGCCUGGUCUAAAAGCUGAGCUAGAGGCACGUGAGCUUAAAGUUGGUGGUUCCAAGGCUGAGUUGGUGGAACGUCUUCAUCAAAAUGAUCGGGAUCAAGUACAUAAGAAAGAACAAGAGAGGUUGUUUAAGGAAGAGAUUAAGCGUGAUGAAAGUGAGAAGGUGGUGGAUUACGCGAAAGAAGCUGCGGCUGUUUUGAAAGGCUCGCUUCCUGAUUAUGAGAAGAUGUCGAUGCCAGAGAUCUCUCAAAGGCUCAGCGAGAAGGGGCUCAUGGAUAAGAAGCUCAAGCAGAAAGGCGAUGUCUCUGAGAUGAGACAACGGUUGAGGCAGGCAGAUAUUGAAAUCACCGUUGAGUACAAACAGAUUAUGGAAAAGGACGCCAAGGAGCGACGGGAAAGAUUUGCUGAACUCAAAAAGAAGGCGGGUAUUAAUGAAUCCCACGAUGAUGAAUUCAGGCGUCACUGGAAGAAGUACGAAGAAGUCACCAAACGAGGACCCAAAGCCAAACCUCUCUACGACGAUAGCGGCUACCCUCUCAGCUACGAGAAACUCUCAAACCAACCUACUCGUUACAACCGCUCCCUCGCUGCAUCUGAGAGAAGGAUGGACCACUAUGAACGAAAAGCCCAAGAAACUAAGGAGAAAGCUGCGAUCAUGGGUGUUCCGUAUGAGCGUGGAGACACGAGCAGCAAUAUUGAUUGGAUUGUUGCGAAGGACUUGGAGAUUCCAUGGCAUACGGUGGAGAUGAGUGACUAUAAGGAGUGGAAGAGAAGGGGGUUCAAGGCGAGUGUGGAGAGGUUGAAGAGGGUGAAGGAGGAGGAUGGGGAGGUGAUGAUGCAGAUGAUGCCGGGAUCGGCGUUUAGGGUUGGGUAUGUUAGAUCGUAG